GCCGGAGUCAAAUAGACGAUUUGUGAAAUUGGUAAAAAAUGCGUGGGGUAUGCGAAGCGUUUUCUAACGUAAACUAAAUGAGUGGAAGUCAUUUGCACCAGCGCUGCAAUUUCUCCUUGCAAGUAUUUCGAAGUAAGUCUUAACGACGCUUUUUACUCUGAUGCCCAGCAACUUGCACAAAGUUUUACGCCAAAUCAGGUUCAAUGGUCCUGCCGCUGCCGUAGAUCGCGCAGUCAGCUUAACAAAAGAAAACAAACCUCUACAUGUACUCGUGUCUCGCACGCUGGCUGGUAUCCAUUCAGCUCCAGAUGCUCGAGGCGUAGCACCCGCUCCUCGACUCGUCUCGAGCAUCGAUCGACAAGAAACGAAACGCCUAAAGGUUCACCCCAUAAGCCGAUAAUGCCCUUUUUGACGGCACCGAUCUAAGGCAUUGAGUACAAGCACUGAAGUUUUCAAACAUGGCGAGCGACGAGCCCAAAGAACUGCUGUAAAAAAAACGAAAUCAAAGAAGAACGACGCGUGGUGGCUUCUCGGCUUUCCAUGACCUCCUUUUUCAAUUACCACUGGCUGAGCUCACCGUGAUGGCGCACUGCAUGUGUGAGCUAGACAUGACUAGUUCAUGCACAAAGAACUACACAUCGCAUUGUUUGCAUUUAUCGCACGACGUCAACGCGUCUCCUAAAGUCACCGGACAACCAGAUCGCUGCUUCCGUAGCCCGCUGGUCGCAGAGGUUCCAACACAUCUCUUCCAAGGCCCCCAGGGAGACACUGGUUCCCAGAAGCUGAUAUCAAAUGCACAAUCCCAUUCCAGCGUCAAUUGUGAAUGACGAACUCGGCAUCAGGAUGCUAUGUAAGUAGCACGCAGACUUGACUGCUGCAUGGAGUCAUGCCACUGGCGUUAUGCCCUCGCGAUAUUAUUUUUUUCGGAUGCCACAGCAAUUACAACCCAGUCCUGCAACGUUGCACUUCGGACUGUCUCACGAUUGAAACGUGCCGACACCUCUUUUAUAAUCGUAAAGUGCGGUGCUCCGGAACUUCGCUCUCCAAAAAUGACGCACAACACUCGAUCACCGAAUCGGUAGAUUGAGCACUAUUUGGUCUCGACCAGUUAUUAGCGACGUUACAGCAGCGGCGAUCUCCUGGUGUCGAACGUCUUGCACAGCGUCGCGUCUCUCUCUUGUGAUGUUACCGCAGCCAGCUCGAGAGACAAGACAAAUCACCUCGCGAUCCGCAAAGCCGAUGAGGGUUCGUCUACAACUGCUAGCGACAGCUCACUAGCCACAAUAGCAGCAAUGAUUCACUCCGUGGGGUCUACUUCGCGCCUCACCACAUUCCCAUCCACAUCUACACAAAACCCUGACUGCAGCACACCACUGCUGGUAGAUCACUUAAAAUGGAUGAGUAAGUACAGCUUCAAAUAUAUAUUCUCUGCCCCCACGACAUUUGAAACGGU